CUGAAGGUUAGUCACUCUGGGAACACCCACAGGGGGCGGGGGAAAAAAGGGUGAGAGAGAUUCCGGACUCUGUGUCCCAACAGAGAACAAGAUCUAGCAUCUUGUAGAAAGGAGGAAACACACUGGAAUUACUGGCAUGGACAGUGUUCCCGAGCCCAGCACCACAAGCACAACAGAACCUGUGUAUGAUUACCCAUCCCAAGAAACCACACGUUCACCUUCUUUCAGAGGCUCCCCAACCUCAGUCAGCAUCUCGGAGAGGCUUCUUCUCACCCAGAGUGUCUGGCUACACCUAAGGGUCAACUCAGCCACUGCCCUGCAUAUACUGCAGAGGGAGCCACCUGGGACAUUCCUUGUGAGAAGAGCUAACACUCGGCAGCAGCUAGUCCUCUGUGUGCGCUUAUCAGAUGACUGUGGACCAAGCUUCAUUCAUCAGUCAUACAUACAUGAUGGGCCUUCUGGUCUCUCUCUAGAACACUCAACAGUUACCUUUCCAGACCUAAUAAGACUUGUGUCUUACUACAGUACUGAGAGAGAUGUUCUCCCUUAUAUGCUCAGACUUCCGGCAGCUAUAGAAAAAGUAACAUCCCGAAAAGAGCUGGAGGCCAUUUCGCAUUUAGGACAUGAGUUCUGGAAUUCUUCCCUCAACGCCCGAGACACUGCUACAGCUCCAGCUACUACUCCCUCUUUUGCACUUUUGCUGACACCACCACACUCUGACCUACCAGACAAAAUAAGACCUUAUCUUCUACCAAUACUGAAAACUCGUAGUCCUGAGGAGGUUUCCUUAGGUGGAAAAGAAGGGGCCCUCUUCUUUUUUAACCCUCUCUUCAAAUCCAUAGAUUCUGGAGCACUCAAGCGUUCUCACUUCCAAAAAAGCAUCAAAGUCAGGGUAUCUACAGAGAAUUCAGGCUCCCUCUCGCCUCCAUUAAACCCACCUCCGCCUGUACCAUCUGAGGAAUCUGUAAAGGAGGAGGAUGAGAUGGUUCCAAUGGAAACAACAGAUCAGACUGAAUCUGAGCAAACCCAAGAAACAUUAGAAAACCAAGAGUACAGAAAACCUCGUUCAUCUCUAAGACAGCGUCUGAGAAAGAGCCUAAGCAAAGGCAGCCGCGAUUUCGGACUAAAAUUAUCACCAAUGCGCAAAGAUGUAGAUGACUACAAUGUUCCUACCUCUGCAAAAAAAGCACAAGAGGUAAAAGAUGGAAGUGAGACUCAUUUUAAUGGUGUGUCUUCAUUGGAUGACCAGGAUAGUGGAUCCAAUAGCAGUCUUGAAGAUGGGACAUCAGAGGAUGGAGGAAAGUUUUCUCCUCAGCUUACAAGAAGGAAGAAGAAGAAAAGUGGGCGCUCCUCAUUCCGGGCAGUUAGUGGAGCUUUCUUGUCGCUGUUAUCGCCAGAGCGAAAGAUGAUUAUUUUCAUAGAGGAAAUGGGCAAAGAUGUGACUACAGAAUUUGGGAAGGAGCUGAAAACUUUUCUUCAAAAAGUGGAAGUGGGUAAAACGAAUGAUAUAAAAGAUAAAGGAGAGGAAGAAGGAAAAAUGUACAAGAGUCUGUUAAAGGAAGUCAGAGAUUUUAUGGAUAAUCUGAAGCAUAUGCUGAGGGAAAGUGCUAAAAUGCAUCUGAAAACACUCACAUCUGAUGAAGAGGAACGCGUCCUAGAAAAAUCAAUGCACCGACUUCUCUUGAAACCGUUGAGGUCUCAUUUGGUUUCUGAAAUUCAGAAAGGCCUGGAAGAAAGUGGAGAGCUUGAUAAGCUUGGGAAGAAUAUGCAAGCGGUAAAGAAGGGAGGUUCAUCUCUUCUAGGUGUGAAGCUGAAAGCUCCCAUGCUCCAAGAUCUGGAGAAAAUUCGACAGAAAUUACUGAGAAUGCAGGAAAAAUAUUCACCUUGUGACAAGGUGCGUCAGCUGCUGCGAGUAUGCCAAGGCGUUUACAGGAGUAUGGACGCACAACAUGAUGAUGCUUGUGGUGCUGAUGAGUUUCUGCCUGCAUUGUGUUAUGUGCUGGCACUGUGCGAGCUGCCCCAGCUUCUGGUAGAUGUACACUACACUACAGAACUACUACCUAAUGAGGCGCUCAUGGGAGAAGGCGGUUAUUACCUCACCAGUGUGUCUGCUGCACUCUCGGUCCUGUCCUCACUACACCCUCAGCACCAGGAUGCUGGACUAUCACUUAGUGAAUGGCAUCGCAGGAAGCAAGGUCUGCCAUCGCUCAAUGACCUGCAGAACUUUCUACGUGUUGCCCAUCAAGAUCCAGUAAAUGGCUGCACUACCAAGACAAUCCUUCUGAAGCCAACACAAACUGUGGCUGACCUUACGCAUCUCUGCUCCCUCAAAUUUAAGCCUGCUGACCCAGAGCGCUACUCCAUUUUCCUUCACUGUGGUGGGAAUAUGGAACGGCUGCCUCCCAAUGCUUUGCCACAGGAGAUAAAAGCCCGGCUCAAGGAGACUGGAUCCAGCUUCUUCUUUUGUUACCAACAUCUAGCUGAGAAGGACUCUGCUGAACAGUCCAGUACACAAGAACUGGACAGCAAUCUAUGACCUUGCAAGAUUUUCUUUUAGAAAGACUCUAGAUGCGAACAUGUGGUACUGUGGAUACUGCUUGCAUAUGCUACGUGGUUCCAGGUUACUAUUAGGAGCUGUAAAUAUGUACAGAGUGUUUUGAGAGAUUGGCCAUUGUGUGGACUUCAUACAAGUGCAUGGAAGGCAUUUGAUAUGCCAGCUGUCAGGACCCCGACAGCCGGUAUACCGACAACUAUUCUCCCUCUUGGGGUGUCCACAACACCUCUGGAGGGAGGGGCGCCACCGUGCCUGCAAGGGGCUGUUUUGUGCUCGCCCCGCUGCCUGCAUACCAGCAGUUGGAAUCCCAGCGCCGGUAUACUUGAUGCCGGGAUCCCAAGCGCCGGAAACGUAGUAGACCCGCUUAGGCCCACUUCAUAUAACAAGUAUAAAGCUUCUUAUGUGCUGGUAAUUUUGUUCUUAAUACAUAAAGGGCUAGAUGCAUCAUCGCUUAUAAAGUGAUAAAAUGGAGAGUGAAAAAUUACCAGCCAAUCAGCUCCUAACUGCCAUGUGACAGACUGCAUUUGAGAAGUUGCAGUUAGGAGGUGAUUGGCUAGUACUGUUUCACUCUCCAUUUUAUCACUUUUCAAGCGAUAAUGCAUCUCGCCCAAAAAGUUUUAUACUUGUUAUAUGAAGUGGGCCUAAGCCCUAAGCUAUGAGUAUUUCACUUUCACAGACUGUUAUGCAUUUCACUAGAACCCUGUCAUGGAACAUACAUAUCAGCCAAGAACUGGAAUGCAGACUCCCUCUGCGCAGUAUACUAUAUCACAUGGUCAGCGCCUGGACAUAGGCAAUACUAUUACUAUUAUUAAUAUUAUUGUUGUUAUUAUUAUUAUUGUUAUGCUGUUUUGCACACAUUUGACUUAUACUCAUAAUGAGAUUGCUGACAAAGGGCCCGAUUCAGACCUGAUCGCUGCUGUGCGUUAUCACACAGCGGGCGAUCAGCUAUUAACUGCGCAUGUAUAUGCAGCGCAGUCCACACGCGCAUCGGCAAACAGGCAUCGGUGGUCAGCGACAGGCUGGUGCGAAAAUUCUACUCGCACAGCCAUUUGCAUGCUGAUUGACAUGAAGAGGCCGUUUGUGGGUGGUAACUGACCAUUUUCUGAGAGUGUCAGGGAAAACGCAGGCGUUCCCAAGCGUAU